UAAAUAUAAAAGCUAGGCAAAAGCUGAUCAAUAGAGCUUCAAUUUCGUCAUCUUUGCUUCAAUCUUCUCUUCUCUUCGCUUUCUUUUUCCCUCUAAGGUUUUCUUCACUCUUCUCUACAAUUUGUACGGUUCCAUUUUAUCUUCUAUCUUUCUCCAGUCGAAACUCUCCAGAAAUCCAUCCGGUUCACUUUCUCGAUAGACAGGAAUCUGGGAUGGGUAUGGGAACGACUAUGACCAUGACUAUGAGAUUACAGUUUCCUGGUGUUGUCAAUCAUAAUCAGACUUCAUUUUUGGGAAUUCCCAUGAGGCUGCCGUAUGAAAAAUGUCCACACCCAUCGUUACCCACUCUCCUCUUCAAUGUUCAAGCCAAAGCUCACACCAGAACACAAGACCGUCAUGCCCGCCAUUCUCGCAUUAGAAAGAAGGUUGAAGGGACACCAGAUAGACCAAGACUGUGUGUCUUUCGCUCCAACAAGCAUCUCUAUGUCCAAGUCAUUGAUGACUCAAAGCUGCACACACUUGCUUCUGCUUCAACAAUGCACAAACCAAUUUCUGAGGAGUUUCACUACUCAUCUGGUCCCACCAUUGAAGUGGCAAAGAGGGUUGGCGAAUUCAUUGCAAAAUCCUGUUUGGAAAAAGGGAUCACAAAGGUGGCCUUUGACAGAGGUGGAUAUCCGUAUCAUGGACGCAUAGAAGCCCUUGCUGCUUCUGCUAGGGAGCAUGGCCUUCAAUUUUAAACUUGGAGUAAUUAGUUUUCUUGUGAACUUUGUUCUUUUUAUUCUUCCUUUAAUCCUUGUAUUAGACAGCAUGAAGAAUAUUUUCUCUUAGACAUAUAUUUGAUGAUUUU